UGUUAUUCUCUUGUGCCGCACAGGGUUUAGACACUUUUUUAAUGCAUCGAUUUCUAUUAAUUUGACACAUUUGAGGCUAUUAAAUUCCUUCUCCAGUUGAGUGGAGCAGGGAGCUAAUCUCCAACUCAUCGCCCCCCUCAGACCGCCAUGUACAUCAAGCAGGUCAUCAUCCAGGGGUUCAGGAGCUACAGGGACCAGACUGUGGUGGACCCGUUCAGUCCGAAGCACAACGUCAUCGUUGGAAGAAAUGGGUCAGGAAAAAGCAACUUUUUCUAUGCCAUCCAGUUUGUGCUCAGUGAUGAGUUCAGCCACCUGCGACCUGAACAGCGCCUGGCCCUGCUCCAUGAGGGAACUGGUCCUCGUGUCAUUUCGGCUUUUGUGGAGAUUAUAUUUGACAACUCUGACAACCGGCUGCCGAUCGACAAAGAGGAAGUCUCCCUUCGCCGUGUCAUCGGUGCAAAGAAGGACCAGUACUUCUUAGACAAGAAGAUGGUGACUAAGAAUGACGUCAUGAACCUUCUGGAGAGUGCUGGCUUCUCCCGCAGCAACCCUUACUACAUCGUCAAGCAGGGAAAGAUCAACCAAAUGGCCACAGCACCCGACUCCCAACGUCUGAAGCUGCUGAGAGAGGUGGCAGGAACAAGGGUGUAUGAUGAGCGCAAAGAGGAGAGUAUUUCGCUGAUGAAGGAGACAGAGGGGAAGCGAGAGAAGAUCAACGAGCUGUUGAAGUACAUUGAGGAGCGUCUUCACACCCUGGAGGAUGAGAAAGAGGAGCUGGCUCAGUACCAGAAGUGGGACAAGAUGAGAAGAGCGCUGGAGUACACAAUCUACAACCAGGAGCUGAAUGAAACCCGCGCCAAACUGGACGAGCUGUCAAGCAAGAGAGAGACCUGUGGAGACAAAUCCAGACAGCUGCGCGAUGCUCAGCAAGAUGCCCGAGACAAAGUAGAGGAGACGGAGCGUGUCGUGCGAGAGCUGAAGUCCAAGAUCUCUGCCAUGAAGGAGGAAAGGGAGCAGCUAUCGGCCGAGCGCCAGGAGCAGAUCAAGCAGAGGACCAAGCUUGAGCUGAAGACCAAGGACCUGCAGGACGAGCUGGCAGGCAACAGCGAACAGAGGAAACGCCUGCUGAAGGAGCGUCAGAAGCUGCUCGAGAAAAUCGAGGAGAAGCAAAAAGAGCUGCAGGAGACUGAACCCAAAUUCAACAUGGUGAAAGAGAAAGAGGAGCGAGGCAUAUCCAGACUAGCCCAGGCUACGCAGGAGAGGACAGACCUGUACGCCAAGCAGGGCCGUGGCAGCCAGUUCACCUCGAAAGAAGAGAGGGACAAGUGGAUCAAGAAGGAGCUGAAGUCUCUGGACCAGGCCAUCAAUGAUAAGAAGAGGCAGAUCGCAGCCAUCCACAAAGACCUGGAGGACACCGAGACCAACAAGGAGAAGAACCUGGAGCAGUACAGCAAACUCGAUCAAGAUCUAAAUGAAGUCAAGACCCGGGUUGAGGAGCUGGACAAAAAGUAUUAUGAAGUCAAGAACAGGAAAGAUGAGCUGCAGAGCGAAAGAAACUACCUGUGGCGUGAGGAGAACGCAGAGCAGCAGGCCCUGGCAGCCAAACGAGAGGACCUGGAGAAGAAGCAGCAGCUCCUUCGGGCGGCCACUGGCAAGGCUAUCCUGAACGGAAUUGACAGCAUCAACAAAGUCCUCGAGCAUUUUCGUCGGAAGGGCAUCAACCAGCAUGUCAUCAACGGUUACCACGGCAUCGUCAUGAAUAACUUUGAGUGUGAGCCUGCCUUUUACACCUGUGUGGAGGUGACUGCUGGUACCAGACUGUUCUAUCACAUUGUGGAGACUGACGAGGUCAGCACCAAAAUACUGAUGGAGUUCAACAAAAUGAACCUGCCUGGAGAAGUCACAUUCCUGCCCCUGACCAAGCUGGACGUCAGGGACACCGCCUACCCAGAGACCAACGACGCUAUCCCCAUGAUCAGCAAGCUGCGCUACAGCAACACCUUUGACAAGGCCUUCAAGCACGUGUUCGGGAAGACUCUGAUUUGUCGCAGCAUGGAAGUUUCCACCCAGCUGGCCAGAGCUUUCACGAUGGACUGUAUAACUCUCGAGGGUGACCAGGUGAGCCACAGGGGAGCUCUGACGGGAGGCUACUACGAUACCAGAAAGUCUCGCCUGGAGCUGCAGAAGGACAUGAGGAAGGCUGAGGAGGAGCUGGGUGAGCUGGAGGCCAAGCUCAACGAGAACCUGCGCAGGAACAUUGAACGCAUCAACAAUGAGAUCGACCAACUGAUGAACCAGAUGCAGCAGAUCGAGACACAGCAGAGGAAGUUCAAGGCAUCCAGAGACAGCAUUCUGUCCGAGAUGAAGAUGCUGAAGGAGAAGAGGCAGCAGUCAGAGAAGACGUUCAUGCCCAAGCAACGCAGUCUCCAAAGUCUGGAGGCCAGUCUCCAUGCCAUGGAGUCCACCAGGGAGUCUCUGAAGGCCGAGCUCGGUACAGAUCUGCUCUCUCAGCUCAGCCUGGAGGACCAGAGGCGUGUUGAUGACCUCAACGACGAGAUCCGUCAACUCCAGCAGGACAACAGACAGUUGUUGAAUGAGAGGAUUAAGCUGGAGGGCAUUAUGACCAGAGUGGAAACGUAUCUCAACGAGAACUUGCGGAAGCGUCUUGACCAAGUGGAGCAGGAGCUAAAUGAGCUGCGAGAGACUGAGGGAGGCACCGUGCUCACAGCCACAACGUCUGAGCUGGACGGCAUCAACAAACGUGUCAAGGAGACUUUGGCGCGAUCAGAAGAUCUUGAUACUCUGUGUGACAAGACAGAGGCGGAGAUCAAGGACCACAUAAAGAGCAUGGAGCGCUGGAAGAACAUUGAGAAGGAGCAGAACGACGCCAUCAACCACGACACCAAGGAGCUGGAGAAGAUGACCAACAGGCAGGGCAUGCUGCUCAAGAAGAAGGAAGAGUGCAUGAAGAAGAUCAGAGAGCUGGGCUCGCUGCCUCAGGAGGCCUUUGAGAAGUACCAGACCCUCACACUCAAACAGUUGUUCAGAAAACUGGAGCAGUGCAACACAGAGCUGAAGAAGUACAGCCACGUCAACAAGAAAGCUCUGGACCAGUUUGUCAACUUCUCCGAGCAGAAGGAGAAGCUGAUCAAGCGUCAGGAAGAGCUGGACCGCGGCUACAAAUCCAUCAUGGAGCUCAUGAACGUCCUGGAGCUGCGCAAGUACGAGGCCAUCCAGCUCACCUUCAAACAGGUGUCGAAGAACUUCAGUGAGGUUUUCCAGAAGCUGGUGCCAGGUGGCAAAGCUACGCUGGUGAUGAAGAAGGGCGAUGCUGAAGGCAGCCAGUCUCAGGAUGAGGGUGAGGGAGGUGCAGACAGCGAGAGGGGCUCCGGUUCACAGAGCAGCGUUCCUUCAGUGGACCAGUUCACUGGAGUCGGCAUCAGGGUGUCGUUCACGGGGAAGCAGGGUGAGAUGAGGGAGAUGCAGCAGCUCUCUGGAGGCCAGAAGUCUCUGGUGGCUCUGGCCCUGAUCUUCGCCAUCCAAAAGUGUGACCCGGCUCCUUUCUACCUGUUUGAUGAGAUCGAUCAGGCCCUCGACGCCCAGCACAGGAAGGCUGUCUCAGACAUGAUCGUGGAGCUGGCAGGCCACGCCCAGUUCAUCACCACCACCUUUAGGCCGGAGCUGCUCGAGUCGGCUGACAAGUUCUACGGGGUCAAAUUCAGAAACAAGGUGAGUCACAUUGAUGUGAUCACAGCGGAGCAGGCUAAAGACUUUGUGGAGGAUGACACCACCCAUGGUUAAUAGUCCUCAGCUCUUCAUCAUCCUCCUCCUCCUCCUCCGCCUCUGAGGUGCACUGCGUAGCUUGAAACCUUCCACAACACGGCCCAAAGACAGAAAUAUCUCACUCAAUCCACCAGCCUUUUUUUUUUUUUUUUUUUUUUUUGUCUUUCCGUCAAAGAUAAAUAGUGAAGCAAGUCUAACACUUCUCGAACGAUACACUGUUUUGACAACCCCAUAGCUCGAAAUAACUCGUAUUUGCUUUUUUACCUUUAUAUCAUUCCAGACUGAUAACGAAAUAUAUGAUUUUUGUUAAAAAUAUGUGAGCGGGAGACGUUGGUUUUGGCACAUUUUCCUGCAUUGACAUGUCUCCGUGUCACCAAAGCUGGAUCUGACGACUAAAGGAAGUGUAAUUGUUUGACACUGAAAAAAAGAAAUCCUGAAGUGAGCAAAACCUUUUGGGCUUCUGUAUUACAUUUUUCUGGCAAACUAUAGUUUCAAGCUGAGUUUUGGUUAUUUGUCAUUUAAAAUGGGAAGUGCCAGAGAUGCUCUGGAAGGUAACAAAGCUUCAGGAAUCAAAUCAUCUUGUGUACAGUUGAGAGUUUUGUUAUGACUUAGAUGAAGAUUGUUAAAGCUCAGUGGAGAUGGGAGGGUCUCAAUCUGAUCUGGGUUAUUCUUUUUGUUGCCACUCUUGGUCUUUAGAGUCUUUAUUCGUACUGAGGUUUCUGUAAUGUAUGCUCUUUAUACUCAUGAAACAAUGCUAACUUGUAUCGGUCAUAACCAGCCACAUGGUUUCAAAUGUUUAAAGGUUGUGGUUACUUUUUAUGGUUGUUACUGUAUUGUGUUAUUUCCUGUUUUUAGGUAAUUUAAAUAUAUGAAAGUUUUAAUUCCAUAACACCAGAUAUCCACAGUGGAAAUCAACCCAGUUUCCUUAAUCUUCACCAGUCCAUGUAUUAAAAGCAAAAGUGAUUCAGAGAUGUAGAAACAGAUCUGUUUGGGUCCGGAAAUUACUAAAGUAGUAGUUGUGCUUUUCUGGAAUGUCAAGUUGUAAUUGAUCAUUUCUUUAUUUCCUUACUGGAUAUUCUGUUUGGGAUUAAACUCCUCAUAUGUUGCACCUAGUUUUACACACUCUUUCUAAAUGUUUGGGUUCAUUUUUAUGUAACAAGAAAACUUACAAAAAUAAUAAAAUAUUU